AUGUUCUUUACACAACCACCGCACCUCGUCAAGGCCGAGGAGCUCAAGCAGGAGCCUCCCAAGGGCACUGCCUACUCCGUUGCUAUCCCCGGCACCGAGCAGCCCGGCCGCAGUCGGGUAUACCGCGCAUGGAAUGCACAGAAGGAACUUUUGACCACACUGGACCCCCAGGUCACCACGGCCCAUGACAUGUUUGAGUCGACCGCCAAUCGCCAACCCAAGAACCACUGCCUCGGAUGGCGUCCGUAUAACUCCACGACCAAGACCUGGGACCCAUACCAGUGGCUUACAUAUGAGACCGUGCAAAAGAGGCGCGCCGCCUUUGGUGCCGGUCUCGUAGAGCUGCACCAGAAGCACAACUGCCACCGUCCAGGCCAAUACGGUGUCGGUCUCUGGGCGCAAAACCGCCCAGAAUGGCAGAUCACUGAUCUGGCUUGUAUCUCCCAGUCCCUUUACUCCGUCUCCAUCUACGAUGUCCUGGCCCCGGAUGCCACCGAAUAUAUUAUCAACCACGCCGAGCUGAACUGCGUCGUCACCUCUCUACCUCAUAUCCCUACUCUGCUGAAGCUCAAGUCUUCCCUGCCCAACCUGAAGAUGAUUGUCAGUCUGGACCCGCUCGAUGGACCCGAGCAGAACGGCCACUCCAAGCGGGCCCUGCUUGAGUCCAUGGCCGCUGGUCUGGAUCUUGCAAUCUACACGAUUGAUCAGGUUGAGGAGCUGGGCUUGGCUUCCAAGCGCGGGUACAAUGCCCCCUCUGCGUCCGAUAUUGUGACUAUCAACUAUACUUCCGGAACAACCGGACCUCCCAAGGGUGUCGUUCUGACACACGGCAAUGCCGUGGCUGCCACUUCCUGCGGUCUGACCACUAUCGGCCAGGCUCGCGGCGAUACCAUGUGUUCUUACCUACCAUUGGCCCACAUCUAUGCUCGUCUCGCAGAGCACACUGCCUUCUGGGGUGGUGCCCGAAUUGGCUACUUCCACGGCAAUAUCGUCGAACUUGUCGACGAUUUGAAGCUGCUGAAGCCCACCGGUUUCAUGUCGGUCCCCCGUCUAUAUAGCCGAUUUGGUACCGCGAUCCGUGCUGCCACGGUUGAGCAGCCUGGCUUCAAGGGUGCUUUGUCCCGACACAUCGUUGCAGCCAAGAUGGCCAACAUGAAGAACCCCGACCCCUCCAAGGCAACCAUCAAGCACGCCCUGUACGACCGUAUCUGGGCUAAGAAGGUUGCUGCCGCUCUCGGUCUGGAGCGCGCCAAGUACAUGAUUUCCGGUUCUGCGCCUCUGGACCCCACCCUGCACAACUUCCUGCGUGUGGCAACCGGUACCGACGUCGUCCAGGGCUACGGUCUGACCGAGUCAUACGCCUCGGCCACCGCUCAGUCGACGCAGGAUCUCUCCUCUGGAAACUGUGGACGUCUCGCACCCUGCACCGAGGCCUGCUUGGUCUCUCUGCCUGACAUGGAGUACUCCGUCGAGGAUAAGCCAUUCCCCCGUGGUGAGCUCCUGCUGCGCGGCAACAACAUGUUCCGCGAGUACUACAAGAACGACGACGAGACCUCCAAGGCUGUCACCGAGGAUGGCUGGUUCCGCACCGGUGACGUCUGCACCGUGGACGCCCAGGGCCGCUUCAUCAUUAUCGACCGCCGCAAGAACGUCCUCAAGCUCGCCCAGGGCGAGUACAUCUCCCCAGAGCGUCUGGAGGGUGUCAUCCUCUCCGAACUUGGCUACGUCGCCCAGGCCUACGUGCACGGAGACAGCUCCGAGACUUUCUUGGUUGGCAUCUUCGGUGUCGCUCCUGACCUCUUCGCCCCCUAUGCCAGCAAAGUCCUGGGCAAGACCAUUGCCCCGACUGACGUGGAGGGACUCAAGGAGCACUUGAACGAUGACAAGCUGCGCCGUGCCGUGCUACGCGAUUUGGAACGCGUAGCCAAGAAGCACAAGUUUGCAGGAUAUGAGCGUGUCCGCAAUGUCUCGCUCAAGGUUGAUCCUUUCACCGUUGAGAACAACCUCCUUACCCCAACUCUUAAGCUCAAGCGCCCACCUGUCGUCAAGAUGUACCGUACCCUUUUGGAUCAGCUCUACGGGCAGGCUAACGAGGAGCAAUCCGCUCCCCGUGCUAAGUUGUAG